ACGAACUUGAACCUUCUUCUUCUUCUUCUUCCUCCUUGCGCCCCGUCUGCGAAGCGUUAGGGUUUGUGGGUGUGCGAUCGCAACUUCAGUUUGGAAUUGAAAGUAAUCAAUCUUGGUGUUGCGCUAAUUACUUUUCAUUUCGUGGAAGUGGGCACUGCUAUCUUCAUCUUCAUCUUAAUCUUAGUGGAUUUGCCAUGCUGGCCCUUUCGAGAGGCCUCGUUUCUCGUCUGCAACUUUUCGCUAUCGAUUCGGUGGCCACACCAUCGCCGGUGCGGUUUUUGAGGGGAUUCAGUUCGGAUGUGGAGACUCGGAUUAUUGAUGCAAAGCCCAGUGUGAUGACCCCAAAUUCCAAACGAACUGGGGUUAUAGCUGUCAAGUGUGGAAUGAAUGCACUUUGGGAUAAAUGGGGUGCUAGAAUUCCAAUCACUGUGCUUUGGGUCGAUGAUAACAUUGUCUCUCAGGUCAAGACACCCGAGAAGGAAGGGAUCUGUGCUCUCCAGAUUGGUUGUGGACAGAAGAAGGAUAAACAUUUAACCAAGCCUGAAGUGGGACAUUUUAGGGCUCAGGGAGUUCCAAUGAAGAGGAAGCUUAGGGAGUUUCCGGUGACAGAGGAUGCACUUCUGCCUGUAGGGACAUCACUUAACGUUCGCCAUUUUGUUCCUGGACAAUAUGUUGAUAUCACCGGAAUCACAAAAGGAAAAGGUUUUCAGGGUGGGAUGAAGCGGCAUGGAUUUAAGGGAAUGCCAGCAUCCCACGGUGUAUCCCUAACACAUCGACACAUUGGUUCUACAGGUCAAAGGGAUGCUCCUGGAAGGGUUUUUAAAGGUAGAAAGAUGCCUGGGCGAAUGGGUGGGCAGCAAAGAACCGUUCAAAAUGUAUGGGUCUACAAAAUUGAUCCCGCAAGGAAUUUGAUGUGGGUGAAAGGCCAGGUCCCAGGAGCUACGGGGAACUUUGUUUUUAUAAAAGAUGCUGUGUAUGAAAAACCUGACAUAUCUCUUCUUCCUUUCCCAACUUACUUUGUCCCAGAAGAUGAAGAUAUAGAUAAUUUGGAACCUUUGGUUGCUGAUCUUGGGGAUGUGGAUCCAUUUAUGGUUACUGAUUAAAGAGCAUAGUUGAGAAGCUGGUUUAUUCAUGUUAGUUUUACUGCCCGCAAUCGUGUUAUUUUCUUUGAAUAUAGAUGGCAAAGUGAGAUUUUUGAGGAACCAUCAGGGAUGAUUUUUCACUUGAGUCUUUUACCGCAGCUUUAGGGUUACUUACGACAUUCACCGACUCUAAAUUGAGAUUGGGUAAACGUGGCUUUUUUGGAGUCCUACUAAUAAGUGUGGAGACUUGGGAUUAAUGAAUUAUGUUGCUUUAUUCUAGUUGAAUCGUUUCCUUUUUUUUUUUUAGCCAAUUUAAUUGACU